AUGAAUUUGAGACAAUAAAACUAAGUUUUAUACACGAAUUUGAUCAAAAUAUUUGGAGAUCAUAUGUCACCAGGAUAAGGAUCAGAAUUCUUUCCAAAGUUUUUAAAAUUAACCUUAAUGAUGGUAUAAUGGGAUAAGGAUGAAUUAUUUCAUGAUUGGUUUCGGCAAAUAUAGUAUAUUGAUAUUGAUUUUUUGAAUAAAAAUAUCAAAAUUAUUAUUAUUAAAAUAAUGAACACUACAUUUUGUUAAAUAAGUCCAAUUUAGAAAAACAUUCAGAUAUAUUGUAAUAACUUUAAAAGCUGUAUAAAUGUUGGUUCAUUACUGAAUUUUGCUUUAUUUUUAGGAUUAAUAGAGUAUCAUAUUAAAGUCAAUAAAGUAGAAGAUAUAAAAAGGAUUUAUGAAAAAGUUAAAGAUUCAUCAUCAGCACAAAUUAAAUCUAUAAUCUAAAAUUCUGAAAAUUAAAAAUAAAAAUUAGAAUCAAUUUUGACUUAAAUAAGACAAUAAUCUCAAAUUUAAUAAAAAUUUGACAUUGUGAUGGGGAGCUAUUUUUAACACAAUGCCAUUAAUAAUGAUAAAGAAAAGGAUAAAGAUCUAUAAAAUAAAAUUUAAUAUUUAGAAAAAGACUUUAAAAUUAAAUUUUAAGUCUGGGAUUCUAAAAAGAAUUAAAAAAUUUUAAAUAUAGAUCCCUCUACAAUAUACAUAAUUAAAAAUGAAACUAAUUAUUAUCUUCUCCUUUAUAAUAUGGAAUGUAGUAAGUGUGGAAACAAAUAAAAUUUGCAGAAUCUAAAAUGCUCUCAUAAGGCUUGUUUUACAUGUAUAUAAAAUCAAUUCGAAUAAAAAUUAUAACCAUAAUCUAUAAACUGUUUUGAAAAAGGAUGUUAUAUUAAAAUAGAAAAAUAAUAAUAUGUGUUAAUGAAAACUCCAAGACAAUAGCUAAAGAAAGGAGAUAAUUUAGAAAAAUCUAUAAAAAAUGAUGAAAAGUUGUAAGAAUAAUAGAAUGUUCUUUAGUAGAAUAUAAAGAACAUCAAUACUGAAUAACAUUUAUAAAAAAAUACAUUAAAUAAAGAAACUUAAUUAGUUUAAGAUAACAUUUAAUAAUCAAAAAUUAAAAUAGAAUAGAAAAACUUUGAAUAAGAGAAGUAGCAGAACAAAUAGAAUGAAUAAAAAGAAUAGCCAUUAUAAUAUGAAAAUCUUAAUAUAAAUGAAAAAACCAAAAAAAAUAUUGAUUCUAAUAAUAAUAUAAAAGAUAAUUGUCCUUAAAUAGCAAAAGAGGAAGAAGAGAAAACAAAAUAGUAAAUUGAUAAUGUGAAAUGCAGCCAGUGUUAAAAAGAUUGUAGAAAUGAAAAUUUUGAGGCUAGUUGUGGACAUAAUUAUUGUACUAAGUGUUUUGAAAUUCUGUAAUCAAAAAAAUUUUAAUAUACAUGUCUUCAUCCUAAAUGCAAUAAGAUAAAAUAGUAUAAAUAAAUUGAGUAAGAAAAAUUAUGUCAUAAAUGUUCUUAAAUUAAAGAUGAUCAGACACUUUUCACAAAUUUUUGUGGUCAUUAAAUAUGUGUUUAAUGUUUAGAAAUCUUGGUAAAAAGUAAAAGAAAUCUUACAUGUCCAAAAUGUAGUAAUGGUUUAUAAUCAGAAGAGAUCGAAUUAUUUUUUGAAAAUCUCUAGUUCCAAAUAUAUGAAAAAGAAAUCAAAAACAAGGUUUCAAAUUAAGACAAAAAAGAUUUUUCAACAAAACAGAUGCUUUAAAACUAAACAAAUCAAAAAAAUUGUACUCUUUGUUUUAGUCCAUUUACAGAUUAUAAUUUAUAGCAAUUAUUUUCACAUUGUCAAAAUCCAUCACAUACAAUAGGUGUUUGUUGUACAAUUUUUCCUUUAGAAUGCCCAUAAUGUCAAAUGUCCUCAUUAGAAAUUUAAAAAUGUAUUAAUCAUAUUUAUCAUAGAUUAAAUUAUCUUUGAAAUAAGAAACAAUUAGGAAUUUUAUGAUAUGUAAUAUUGA